GAAGUCCCGCCUCACGCGUCGUCUACACCGGGGCUUCGCCGCGCACCUGGCCGGGCCCUGGAGGGGCGCGCAGAUCCGAUGCGGAGCUGCCAUGAUCGAAGUGGUAGCAGAGCUGAGCCGGGGGCCUGUGUUUCUGGCGGGGGAGGCGCUGGAAUGUGUGGUGACCGUUACCAACCCCCUGCCCCCCACGGCCACUUCUGCAUCCAGUGAGGCUCUGGCCUGGGCCAGUGCACAGAUCCACUGUCAGUUCCAUGCCAGUGAGAGCCGCGUGGCACUGCCACCCCCGGACUCGAACCAACCAGAGGUCCAGCCCGAGAGCCAGACGGUCUUCCUCCCACACCGAGGAGAGAGGGGUCAAUGUAUUCUUUCCACUCCACCGAAAAUCCUCUUCUGUGAUUUGCGGCUAGAGCCUGGAGAGUCCAAAUCAUACUCCUACAGUGAAGUCCUGCCCAUAGAGGGACCACCCUCCUUUCGGGGCCAGUCAGUCAAGUACGUCUACAAACUGACCAUUGGCUGCCAGCGUGUCAACUCCCCCAUCACUUUACUCAGGGUCCCUCUGAGGGUACUUGUGCUGACUGGCCUUCAGGAUCUCCGGUUUCCCCAGGAUGAGGCUGUGGCCCCAUCCAGUCCAUUCCUGGAGGAGGAUGAAGGUGGGAAGAAGGAUUCGUGGCUUGCCGAGUUGGCUGGGGAGCGCCUCAUGGCCGCCACAUCCUGCCGCAGCCUCCAUCUGUACAACAUCAGUGAUGGCCGAGGCAAAGUUGGGACCUUUGGCAUCUUCAAAUCUGUCUACAGACUUGGCGAGGAUGUGGUGGGGACGUUGGACUUAGGGGAAGGCACCGUAGCUUGUUUGCAGUUUUCAGUAAGUUUACAGACCGAGGAGCGGGUACAGCCUGAGUACCAACGACGGCGCGGGGCGGGAGGUGCCCCUUCUGUGUCCCAUGUGACUCAUGCCCGGCACCAGGAGUCCUGCCUGCAUACCACCAGAACCAGCUUCUCCCUCCCCAUCCCUCUCAGCUCUACCCCAGGCUUCUACACAGCUAUUGUGUCCCUGAAGUGGCGAUUGCAUUUUGAAUUUGUCACAUCCCGAGAACCAGGUUUGGUGCUCCUACCCCCCAUGGAACAGUCUGAGCCUGCCACCUGGACGGGGCCUGAGCAAGUACCCGUGGACACCUUCAGCUGGGACCUCCCCAUCAAGGUGCUACCCACCAGUCCCACCCUGGCUUCCUAUGCUGCCCCCGGCCCCAGCACCAGCACCAUAACCAUCUGACAUGGGCCCAGCUGCCCAAUGAUCUUCAAGAUUCUGAGCCCCGAGCCUCUGGACUCUUAGCAGGGCCCGCCUUUCCCACUGGGGGCCCAGGGGCAUGGACAAUCAGAGGCAGACUUUCAGCUGUAGUAUUUGUUUAUUGAGUCAGGAACAACUGGCAGCUGCUAGUGGUCUCUCUGGAAGUGGCAGCAGUAGCAGUGGGGCGUCAGCAGAAGGGGGCUCUGUGGAGUCUAGCUGGAGCGGGGAAGGGCAGGAGCCCCGGGAUCAGGAUUGUUAGCCGAGCCCCACUCUGGGUUGGGCCCGCCCCCUUUGCAGGGCAGCCGAGGGUCCGCCUUUUGCACCAGGGAGAAUUGGCAGGUUCCUGCCUCUUGACGCACCUCACAUCCAGCAGGGAAGUCGAUGGGGUGCUGGGAUCUAUGGAACCAAAGGAGGGGGCAGGGAGUCAACAGAGUGGAGGGCCCUCUUGCCCUGCCCCACAUCACGCUCCCAGCAUUCCCCUGACAUCUUCCUUCACUACUUCUUUGCUGUCCCCCACCCCUCACUCAGCUCUAACUUUCCCUUUAUGGACUCAUGAUGAUAUCACAGGAUUGUUUACCUGGAAGACACACCCUUACCUCCCUCACUUUGUCACCCAAAUCCGCACUCUUGCUGGUACCUCCAGGUGUGGCUCACCUCAUGCUACUCUUCUGCCAUCUAGUUCCUCCCUGCCAGCCCUCGGUCACUCAUGCCACUCACAUGUCACAGCAGCCCACGCCGACCGGGUGCAGACAGGUGCAGUGGAAACAGUCCUUGCCGAGCCAGGAUUCGCCCAGGGUAAAAUAUUUCCCCUCAUACUGGCAGGGGGCUAGGGAAGAAGGGGACAUGUUAGUGUGGCAGGGUGUGGGGGGCAGACAGAAACCCUUUAGGUCUGAGGUGGAAGAGCAUUGGGGGCACACUCCUGUUGAGUUUUCCUUUUCUGAUUUAGCGAGGACAUGCCAGCACCGCACCAUCACACACAAGCACACACACACAUACGCACCCCGCGCCUUUGUCCUUUCUUGCCGCCUCGACCCCCUAGGGUUACCUUGCGCCUGGAAGUAGCACUUGCUGUGGACUCCUGGGUGCUGGAGGAGCAGUGAGAUCAGCAAGCAGAGGACCCCCUGGCCUCCCAGGGGCCCCUGGGCCUGUCUUGCCCAGAGCAUCCUCAGGGCCAUUCCCGCAGCACGGGCGCUCUGGAACCUUCGGGCCUCUGUCUCCGGGGCUUGUCUUGGUUUCUCUCUUUGAGCUUCUCUCUUCCUGUCCCGGGCUCCUGUCUCACACCUUCUCAGUGCCCUCUGCUCUCCCCGGCCUGGUGAUGUUUAUAGGGUGAGGACCCUGGCCCCCUGCUGAGCAGAGCUGGAAACGCUGUAACUCUGUUUCCUGAGGUGAGGGCACGAAAACAAGAGGUCUCGCUUUAACAAGCUGUGAGCGCUGAUUCAUGCCCCAGCAUAGCUAGCAGGAGGGUGGUGGCCAUGGAAGGGGCUCUGGGCCGGGCACUUCCCCAGCAAGGCGUGGGGAGGGGUGAGGGCCCCCAGGUGGUCCCCAGAUCUCUUCCCUGGCUGGAGAGGAGGAAGCAUUCCACUACCCUCCUUCCCCGACCCCCCCCCUUAAACUCCAGGGGUGUGUGUGCUGGGAUCCCUGCCUGGACCGGAGGGAGGCAUUUCCUGGGGAUGGCUAAUCCUGUGCCCCAGCCAAACCAAGGCGCUGAAGUGGGGUGCGACAGCCAGCCGCUCCAGGAGAGGGAACAGGCACCUGGAGUGGGGGCGGGGGCUCCUUGAUGCAUCCUGGAGUCAGGGUUGUCCCUCUUAGAUAGGGAGGGGUGUCUUCUGCAGGUACCCCACAGGGAAGUAACACUGCUCGUCACCCCAAUACCUACAGCAGAUGCAAACCCAUGCCUGGAGUGGGGGGCAGUUCUGCCCUCCCUCUCAGAGAGGAGCGUCUCCUGCCAACCUCCUAGUGGGAAAGGCGCCACCCUAUGUCUCAGAUGUGCUCCUCUUCCUCUACAGGACGGACUGAGCUCUUAGGAAUGUAUCCUCUGAUCUCCACUGAGCUUCCCCAAGGUUCUGCAGGACCUCAAGAUAUGGGUGAUUCAGAGCAUAGGCUGUGGAGUCAGGUGACUUAGAUGCAGAUCCUGAUGCUUCUUACCAGCUAUGCAGUCUUGGGCAAGGCACUUCAGCUCUCUAAGCCUAUUUCCUUACCUUGAGCAAUGCAGAUAAUAACAUCCACUCAGGGGGUUGUUAUGAGGAUUCAGUGGGAGAAUCCAGGUAAUGUUCUCAGCACCAUCUCUGGCAUGCAAACCUCUGAAAAGAUUAGUUGCUACUCCCACUACCGUUCCUAAAGGGUUUAUCUGUUCUGAAUCCCAUGUGUCCAGAGCUCUUAUCUGUACCAUUGUGUGCUCUCUGGUCUAGCCAGAUUUGUGAGGUAGAACUGGGUCGUGGUGGUGAUUGUGGGCUGGGGAGCAUUCAGGAAUCAGAGGAUUGAUGUGUGAUUGGUCGGUGUGAUACAACACCUUGGUUGAAUCAUCCCUUCCUUAUAACCCUUCUGUGGGGGGAUAUCCGAUUGUCUACAGAUGGGCUUUGGGU